AUAAACAGAAGUCCCCUUCGGAUAUAAUACAAAGUUUUCAGAAGAAAAGUCAGUUUAGGACCAUUGCCCCAAAAAUGGUACCAAAAAUCUUAACAUCUGGAGUGGUUUCUUGUCUUCAGUCAUCUCUGCCUGAGCCAAAUACACCGAUUUCAGCUGCAGGUUCUAAACCGCUGGUGGUACCGACUCAAAACUAUGCUGUCAUGCAGGUGGCUGGUCACGAGGGGACUUUCUCUCUGUUGGCCUUGCCCUACGUUGCCCCUGCCCUACCGCAGCAAGCCCAGCAGUCAAAUGUGGCCCCUUCUGAAAACCUAAAGCUGCCUAUCCCUAGAUACCAAUCUGUAAGAAAUAAAUUGCUGAGUGACAAAAAACCAGCACAGAUUUCUGGUUUGGGUGCACAUAGCAAGAUUCCUCCCAAAGCAUCCAUCUCAUCACAGACUUCCCGCAGGACUACUUUAACUGAAGACUGUCCUGAAACUCGUUCUGGUUCAUAUUCAACUGAGCAAGUGAUGCUAACGGACCGUGACUCAGCUGAAAUUACUGUUGCCACAUCAGUAAAGAAGAGCAAUUGUGUGGAAUCUGGAUCUCCUUUUGUGAACAAAACUGAAAUUGCUAACGGUAAUGUUUCUGGACCAUCUGUAGUUAAAGACUCUUCAUCCAAGCCGGCAAGUACAAUUAAUCCCAUGAAACCAAGUCCACGCUCUGUGAAGACAGCAUCUAAAACCAUAAGAGAGUCUGAGAAACUAAAGGAAAAACCCACAAAUUCUGUUGCUGUCUUGUCACCAGCAGGUUUUGGCAGUACAAUACAGGUGACUCCAUCAGCACCAAAAGGAAAACUUCCUAUUUUGCCUUACUCGAGGAUGAAGAAUUCAGUGUUCUGUAAAUCUAAGCAGAGUAUUGAUGUUACAGAUGUAUCUGGUCCUUCACUACGAUCUGAAUGUGAAAAGACACCAGCUUUGGCGAAAAGCUUUCAUGUUCCUACAAAAGCAUUCGAUAAGCGGGUAGCUGCACCAUUUACACAAGUCCCCAAACAAACCAUUCGAGAAAACACCUUCUCUCCAUCUGACAAAGUGGAUGUCGACAGUCUUAAAAAACUGAACGGUGCAGCCUCGAAAAGAAGAGGCAGGAAAAGAAGAGCCCCAGAUGAUUUACUGGCUUUUCAGACCAAGCGAAGGAAAGGCAUCAUCAGUAAGUUUCGAGAUGGACGAGACAGCACAAAAGUUGACCUUCAGCCACCUGAAGACAAAAAACCAGAGGCAGUGAAAAAAUACCGUAGUAUUAGACCAAAACCAGUGGUAGUUGUGCAGGCUUUUGCACCGCUGACUUCUGCAGCAGUAGUAGAGACAGCAUGUCCUGGCCGUUCAGACCAAGAUGGUUUUUUAAACAGUUCACUUCCCAACAGGUAUUUAAGUUACAAGUGUAGUGAUGCUACAUCAGCUAAAUCAAGUGAUUUAUGUAGAAGUGCAGCCGUACCUAAGCCAUCACAUAAAUGUCAUGUUUGUAACCAUAUCUUCCAGUUUAAACACCAUCUUCAGGACCAUAUGAACACCCAUACGAACAAACGGCCUUACAGCUGUCGAAUUUGUCGGAAAGCAUAUAUUCACUCUGGAAGCCUGAGCACGCAUAUGAAACUUCAUCACAGUGAAGGCAAACCCAGAAAACUUGUGUGCUGUGAAUUCUGUGCUAAGGUUUUUGGCCAUGCAAAAGUGUAUUUUGGUCACUUAAGAGAAGUGCACAGGGUUGUUAUCACCACGGAGCCCUCUGCUAGCGACCAACAGCUGCAAGAUGCAUUAAAGAAGAGAGACACAAAUAUAAAAGAAGCAGAAGCCACAGAGAGGGGAUAUAAGUGCAAUUUUGAGGACCUAUUCCACAACCCAGGAGAAGUGAAAUUACAGAUCAGAUGUGGUCGAUGCCAGUUUGUUGCACAGUCUUUUGGUGAAAUGAAGUUUCACUUACUGUGCUGUCAUGGAGAAGAGAUCCAGGGAAGAGUAAAGGAAGGAGUUUUACAAGGAAAUAGAGGAGCUAAGGGGGAACUGAUCAAACAUGCAAGCCACUUCAGGAGACAGCGCAAUGAGAGAAGACGUUUAGCAAAAUGCACCGCCCACGAGGAGGAGGUUUAUACUUUUCCAAAACUGAAAAGACAGAUAUACUUUCACCAUCAAAAUAAUGUCGAUAUGUUAUCUAAAAGUGAACUGACUCAGUCGGGAAGCAGCCAAGCAGCCAAGGAGAUGCAAAAUGUAGGAUUUGGUACACCAAGCAAAAAACCAGAAAUUCGGGCUAAAGCAGGCUACAACUGCAUUUUAUGCAAACAGUUGUUUGGAAGGAAAGAGGACCUUUGUAAUCAUUGGCAGAAUCAUCAUAACUGUGAAGACCCUUCCACUUUAUGGACAAUUUUUAGUUUGUUAUCAAAGCAAGGAAUUACUGAACUUUCUAAUAAUGGUGAAUACUGA